CUCAGUAUUCUUAUCUGUGCUGAGGGAAAUAGCGGCAUUCAACUGAAUCAGGUUCUUGAGAAACGGUCAAACUCAAACUCGACUCUCCUUCUGCGUCCAAGCCAAAGUUUAAAGCGUUGAUUAAAAAAAUUUAUUUGAUCUAAAUUCGUGAUCCGUGUGCAUUUAUAAAUUACUGGCUUGACUCCACAGAAAAUCCAACAAGCGCAGAAAUCAUGGCAACGUCCGAUUCUUGGCCGAAACUGUUCACCUGGGUGGAUUAUUUUCUGUUUGCUUUGACUCUCGUCGUGUCUUCGCUAGUCGGAAUCUAUCACGCUUGGCGUGGCGCCAGCGGUUCGACCUCCGACUACCUGAUGGGUGGAAGAAAGAUGCCCAUCUUCCCCGUAGCCAUGUCUCUUGCCGCUAGCUCAAUUUCAGCGACGACAUUGUUAGGUGCCCCGACAGAAGUUUACCUAAACGGAACAAUGUACAUUUGGUUAACCGUUUCUGCCGUCCUUUCCAUAGCCGCAGCGACUCAAUUAUAUUUGCCUAUUUUCCAUCGUUUGAAAAUUGUUUCAGCAAAUCAGUAUCUCGAGAUACGAUUCAACCCUGUCAUCAGACGGCUUGCGUCUAUGCUGUUCGUGGUAAAGCAGUUAUUGUAUCUAUCGAUUGUUGCCGUCGGACCUUCUUGGGCGCUGAGACAAGUUACAGGAAUCAAUACCUUGAUUUCAGUCGGAAUUUUAUUCGCCGUCUGCACAUUCUACACAGCACUCGGUGGGAUCAAAGCUGUUGUUUGGACCGAUACUAUACAGUUCUUAAUGAUGUAUGGGUCCAUUAUAAUUUUGAUCGUCAAGGGGGUGAUAGACGUUGGCGGCCUGAGAACUGUGUGGGACCGCAAUUUUAACUCGUCUCGCAUUGAACUUUUGAACAUCGAUAUCGACCCCACAACUCCCCACACGGUAUGGUCUCUUGUCAUUGGAGGCUUCUUCUACUGGAUGAGUUGGUAUGCAGUAGACCAGACCACUGUUCAACGAUUUCUUGUGAUGAAAACACUCCGCAGUGCAAAAAUAUCCAUGUGGAGUAACCUGGUCGCUGUUUGUGGAAUAAUAUAUCUUUGUGGAUUUGUUGGUUUAGUCAUGUAUUCGAAAUAUUUCGAUUGCGAUCCUUUGACUGCCCAGGUAAUUGAUAAAGCUGACCAAAUAGUUCCAUUUUUUGUCAUGGACGUGCUUGGAGAUUUUCCCGGACUUCCCGGAUUGUUUGUAGCCGGUAUUUUCAGUGGUGCUCUCAGCACUUUAUCUAGUGUCUUGAAUGCGGUAGCUCUUGUUAUACUGGAAGAUUUCAUUCGACCCGUAUUCCCAAACAUGUUGGACCAGACUGCUACUCGCCUUGUCAAAGCAGUGUCUCUCGUAUUUGGAAUUCUUAGUUUUAGUAUGGUUUUUCUUGUUUCUCACAUUAAAACCAUUUUAGACGCCACGUUGAGUUUCGACGGCGCUGUAGCUGGAUCGAUCUUAGGGGUUUUUACUCUUGGAAUAUUCGUUCCUUGUGCAAAUUCUGUCGGAGCUGGAGUGGGCAUGUUAACUGCCUUUGGAUUCAUGAUGUGGCUAGGAGUAAGCGCGCAAAUUGCAAAAUCGAGUGGAAUCGUUCAUAACAAUCAGAUGAAACCAUUCAGCAUUGACAAUUGCUCCGCUUACAACGGAUCUACUGAGAGCUCUUACUUUUUUACCAAUUCAACAUCUGAUUAUAAAAAAGAUGAGCCGUUUAUUCUUUUAAGAAUUUCAUAUCUUUGGUACACGGUGACUGGUAUGCUGAUUGUUCUUACUCUCGGAACUAUAGUGAGUAUUUUUACUAAAGCAAUUGGAAGUAUUAGAAGUUCUGCCGAACUCUCUGCUGUGCAACUUAAUAGCAGUACUUUUCGUCGUAAGAAUAGUUCCACUGAUGAAGGUCCAGUGACAAGCUCUUUACUCUGAAAGUAAAACCAGAUUUUUCAGAAAAAUUCUACAGCCUACAAGUUUGAAAAAUCGGAUAAAAGUUGACCAUUUUUUUAACCAUACGAGCGGUGUGCAUUAUUUUGAAAAAAAAUACCGAGUUUUAGAAAGCUCAAUUGAUAUUUAGGCUACAGUCUCAUUUGCUAUACGCAAAGUUUUGGAAUUGUAAAAAUAAACACGGAGAAAUAAAUCUUUCUUUUCCGUCAACAGGAGGAGUCACCGAAGAUGUAAAAAAUAAACACAUUGUGGAUAUUAACGGCUGUGUAAUAAUGGUUCAUGUAUUUUCCCUUCUAUGAAAAAUAAAAAAUAAAAAAUA